GCUGGCGCCAAAAGUGAGCUGAGCACUGGACGAACGCGCGGCGCGGCUCGAUGAUGUCACAGGGCGUUCCCGUCCGGGCGGAAGCGCGGGGAGCAGAGCCCAGGCUCGCCCGGGUCCUGGGUAUUUCUCUGCUGAACCGUCUGUCAGCUAAGCGGGACGUGAGUGUUGGCGGUAGGAUGGGAAACAGUGCUCUCCGCGCUCAUGUGGAAACAGCGCAGAAAACUGGUGUCUUUCAGCUUAAGGACCGAGGGCUGACUGAGUUCCCCUCGGAGUUGCAGAAGCUGACGAACAAUCUAAGGACCAUCGACUUGUCCAACAACAAGAUCGAGAGCCUACCGCCUUUGGUGAUAGGGAAGUUCAUUCUCCUGAAGAGCCUCUCUCUGAACAACAACAAACUGACUGUUCUGCCUGAGGAGAUAUGCAGUCUGAAAAAACUAGAGACACUAAGUUUAAACAACAAUCACCUGAGAGAGCUGCCAUCUACCUUUGGGCAACUCUCUGCCCUCAAGACCCUGAGCCUCUCUGGGAACCGACUGGGAGCCCUACCACCCCAACUUUGUAACCUACGGCACCUGGAUGUAGUAGAUCUCUCUAAAAACCAGAUUAGAAGUAUCCCUGAUACAGUAGGGGAACUGCAGGCCAUCGAACUCAACCUCAAUCAGAACCAGAUAUCUCAGAUCUCAGUAAAGAUAUCUUGCUGUCCUCGCCUUAAAGUUCUUCGCCUAGAAGAGAACUGUCUUGAGCUUAGCAUGCUUCCACAGAGCAUCCUCAGUGAUUCCCAGAUCUGCCUACUUGCUGUGGAAGGCAAUCUUUUUGAAAUAAAGAAACUUCGAGAACUGGAAGGCUAUGAUAAGUACAUGGAAAGGUUCACGGCCACAAAGAAGAAGUUUGCCUGAUGUUCUCCAGGACCAUGGAACAUUAUAGGAUCCUGACUUGGCACCUCUGCUGGAAUUUGGCGGAAUCAAAGGCUCCUGUUGCUUUCAAGGUUAUCUGCAGUUAGGAGAUGACACUCCAGGAGAUUGUAUUUCACCUGAUGAACUUUCUUUUCAGGGCCCUACUCAGAUAAGGAAUCAAGAAAUGGGAAGAUUCCUCUGUUUUGAGUCAUAGAUAGGGCAGUAGACAAGGUUCUUCAAAACCAUCAUUAGUUUGGCUUUAAGAAAACAGUAGCUAGUUGCUAUUUAUACAGUGAGGGGUGCUGCUUGGUAACAGAAUAGCUUCACACCACAGCUUGAGAUUUUGUUUAGUUUCAAUGUGUGAGCUUUCAUAAAGUCAGUAGCCAUUCCAUCUCUGUGUUAACAUUUCAUAUUUUUGUGGAAUUCAAAUAAUUUGUGAGAGGCUGCUAUCUAAGAGGCUUAAUUUAAAGGUUUAUGAUUUUAUUCCAUUUCAUCAGUUCAAUUGCACUGUUUAUACUUGGAAUUUAGGACAUACAUACAUAUGUGACUGUUUGUCUUGAUUAAAAGUGUGUUUUGUCAGAAAAGCACCAACACAACACUAAGAUGUUCCCCAAGGCUGCAGUAGCGAAUUCUUAACUAUUGCAUGUGCCUUACUGGUAGAGGGCUCUGAAGAAUAAAAACUGUAUAUGCAACACUUGUAAGACAAAAGGGAUUUUAAUAAUCAAGAUUUUCUGAAGCUUUAUUAGAAGUAAUGUCUUAUUUCUGGUAAUCUUUCCCCCUUUUUGUAUGUAUACUACUAAUCAAAUUAUCAAGAAACCAUUGCUACAAUAUUUUAAAACAACCUAUAUUUAUCAAGUUUAUUCUCUGAAUGAAUAUAUAAAUAUAUAAAAAUAAAGAAUUUUUAAUGAA